GAUUCGCUUUCAACGACGGCUUUUAAAAUUAUAACGUGAUGAACAUGUUUUUUUGCAUCGGCUAUAGGUUUCAGUGUUAUAAAUUUGUGUAAAAGUGCGCUCCAACCUGGCAACAGUAGGAAAAUGCGGCUCCAGUGUGACGACAGUUGAGAACCGUUUACGCCCAAGUGAGCCAACGGGCAACACUAGAGGACGCAGCCGACUUGUCGGCGAGAGACUUAACAAUCUUAAUUAAUGCGGCGCUUUGGCACCUCCGAGUCCUCCCCCAAGCCUUCACCCUCCAGACGCCCGGUGCUGAUCAUGUGAGUGCGUGAACGGCGUCAUCAUCAGAAGUCGACCGUUUUUUGCUUUUUUCCGCUUUGCCUAGUUUUGUGCGGCCUUUCGAGCGGCUCACAUGGAUUGGUUCACUUCUUUAGCGGCGUGUAUUGUCCUCCUGUGGAUUUUCUGCUUUAUAGACGGCAACGCGGUGUUGGAGCUGCGUCUGCUUUUCCACGCCCUCACAAAAGCGGCGUGCCACCUGUACCUGGCCCUGUUGCCGCUGCGCCGUGCCGCUGUCCACUUCAGCGACUGCGCGCGCCACCUCCUGGCAGGCGCCCAACGGCAGGACGUAGCCCCGCCCACCUACCCACAACCACAUGGCGCACCGCCGGUGGGCCGCGCCUGCACAUUGCACCUCCUGGAGGGCGCGUGCGUGCUGUGCGAGACCAUGCCCAACCUGAUGGCGGCGGUGCUGAGCGUGGGGGCUGCCUUGUGCCACGGGCUGCAGGGCGCCGCGUACGUGCUGGCGGCCACGCUGCGCGCCAUCCAGCUCAACCUCUUCUCGCAGAUGAACGGACCCCGUCAGCGCCCUGCGGAUCAAGGUGGACGUGCCGCCCGUGUACAGAUAAUCCUUGGCGCGGGACGCCUGACCGCCCGACACUCAGUUAGGUACACCUGCGAAAAAAACGCCGCCAUUACUGCUAUAAUAAAGCUGUAUGAACUCGACUGUGCGCCACUCACAAAAAGUUAGGGAUACAGUAUAUAACUGAUGUCCUCCUGCAAAGGUUUAUCAUCGAUACGUGCCACAAAAUGGCGGCAAAGCACAGCUUUUGUUUGAAUGAGGCACAACAACUCAUGUCUAUGUAUUUCCUAGGCCUCAAGAUGCCAGAAGAUUGCAGCAAAGUUUUAUUGCUUUAGCACUCAAAAAAAAAAAAAAAACUUCCUGCUCUUUUUAUGAAUAACAUACAAAUGCGAAGUUUCAAACCCAAAUGACAAGUUUUUCCUUUGGAAGUACUGUAAUUACCAGCCUACAGAGCGCACCUGGUUAAAAGCUUCACUCAAUACAUUUGUAAAGGAAAUACCAUUUGGUACAUACGCCGCAGCUGUGUAAAAGCCAUAAGUGCCCACAUUGAAACACGAGAUACGUACAAAGACGGUACACGGAGCUAACGCUAGUGCCACUGCACUGACAUGGCCGGUUAAAAAAAACAUCCCGGUAAAAAUCACUGAGACAUGACAGUAACAUGCUAGCGCAGCGCUAACAGGGCUGGACCGGUAAAAGUCACUUCCUCGGCACAUAUAUUCCACCGGCCUCACUCUUACCUUUUCCGCUCAAGUGCCCCCUUCCGGCCAUUAGAAAAAAACGCAGGGUUGAAAGCAUGUGAAAAAAGUCACAGCUUAUUGCCAUGGAAAUUACGAUAAUUGCCCUGAGUCCAAGGUAUCUUCCCAGCUUCCCUUGCCACAGCUCCUUGCAGUCCUGGAAGGAUUCUUCUUAGAUCCAGUGUCAAGGGCAUCAUGGUGUCAUCCAUGUCUUUAAAAAAAAAAAAACCUUGAAUGACACCCCCCUCCCCUCCCGUAGCAUAGAAAAGUUGGGGGGGGGGUUUGGUCGGGCGAUUAAGUAGAUUAAUCCACCACCGCCAGGAAGUGUCAGAUGCUCUUCUGGCACGUUGUCAUACCGCAGGCUGUCCUGCCAUGACCAUUGCCUCUUCCUGCACGCUGGUUGAUCGUCUGGCCCUCGUUUGAGAGGAGAACUUCGGUUUGGGUUUGGAAAAUAACUUACAACUUCAGUUGCCUUAUUUAACUUCACAAGGCUGGUUCUCUUGCGCUUAAAAUGUAAAAGUAACAACCCGGACCUGCCGAAAAAGCAGUACAAAGAUCCAAAUGGAUAAACGGUACCGUAAUUUCUCGUCUUACAGAGCGCACCUGGUUAUAAGCCUUGCUAAACAGAAAGCUUAACGUUCUCCCCAUGCACAUUUUUUAUUUAAUGUUAAUGUUUAAAGUGAGGGGGUGGUGAGACUAUUUAAAAUUUGUUCUACAAAGUGAAUUUUCACCUGUUUUGUGAGUGGGACUGGAACUUGCCCCCCAAUAAUGAUCAUAAAUCUGGGCUUCACUGUACACACAGUGUUUUUUGGCUAUGAACUGCAAAUAUGCUAACAGAAGUACUAAUGUUUCCCUUCAUGUGUAGCUAAACCCCCCCAAAAUGGGAAAAUCUCAGCAUUUUGGUGGCGGCGCAGGUGUACCUAUUGUAAUGUCUGGUGUCUCUCAGUCAGCCGGCACUGCGCGAGGCCUUUUGACUGCAGCGUUGGGCGGUUGGCAUCAAAGGACUUUUAAACUUGGCCCUCUGCUUCUCGCUCACUGUCGUUGAAAGAGAAGACGCCCAAGCGAACAACAAAGAAGAUGGGGGAAAAAAAAGAUGGUUCAUCCAUGGUGCAUUUUGUUUUUGCUUGUUUUACAUUUGUUGCUAUGCAAAGACGUUUGGAAAAAAUUAAAUGUCUCAAACCGAAGCGCUUUGGAUUGCGUUGUGGUAUUCGACAUUAGCAGUUAAAUCCGAACAAAUGGUUGAAUGGUACCUUGACUUUUUUUUUUACUUUUAUUUACAAGCAUAGUCAUAAAAAAAUUAACUCAUAAAACGA